AUGACCACCGUCGUCUGCUUCUGGAAUGCAACGAUCGGGGCAUGCGCCAAGGAGCACUGGGCGUCGUGCGGCUACACGUGGCUCAACGUCGCACCCGUUGGUCUCUUUGCCACCCUGUGGCUUUGCUACGGCGUCCGACUGCUCCAGCGCCACGGCUUUCUCGCCCGGUUCCUCCAGCUCAACGCGUCGACGAUCCACGACCAAGUCGCGCAAGGUAUUCCGGUCGAUUGGUGCAGCGUGGGUGCGACGAUGUGCCGCAAGUUUGGGUCGGACCAGCAGCUCCAGCUCCAGCGCUACGUCAAGCUCUGCGCCAUGUGCUCCGAGUGGCCGACCUACACCUUCGCGCCGCUCUCGAUUGCGUUCAAGGUCUCGGGCACGCCGCCAAUCGUCGACAGCCUUCUGUUUUCACUCAACUUUACCCACGAAGUACGUGCAUUCGUCGACUUGGGAAUGCACAACAUGUUCUAG